AUGAUCGAUUCGUCAGCAGAUAUACCUUCGAUACUGAAACUUCAGUAUCUGUUGUCAUCAUUGAAGAGUGAGGCGGCGCUGCUGUUCGAGCAUACCACAUUGACCGCGGACAACUAUGCGACCACCUGGGCCGCGCUGCUGAAACGGUAUGAUAACCCGCGCAUGUUAGUCCGUGAUUAUUAUCGAACAUUGCAUCACCUUCCCGCGAUGCAUGAAGGAUCUGUGGAUGAAUUGGCGCAGCUUGUGGACGAGUUCACGCGGCACGUGAACGGUUUAAGAAAGCUGAAGGAACCGGUUGACAACUGGGACACUCCCCUCACCACAUUGCUGUUCUUCAAAUUGGAUUCAUCAACCAUCCUAGCUUGGGAAAAGCAUUCAUCGGCCAGCCCCAAGGAUAAGUAUUCAGAUCUAAUCGAUUUCCUGCAGGAUAGAAUCCGAAUCCUUCGUUCGUCCCAAACGUUAGCGAAGAUAUCUGAAUCGAAACAAACGCCGGUGGUACGGUCGUGCAAUUCCGUCUUCCGUUGCAACAAGUGCAACGCACGUCAUCACAGCAUGUUGCACGACGAUUCACCGCCACAGGUAACCAUGAACGUAGGUUCGAGCAAUGAAAUUGUGGUUCUCGAAACGGUGGUUCUCUGGUUAGUCGAUGACCAUGGCAUUCGGCAUGAAGCACGAGCGUUGUUGGAUUCAGGAUCCAUGUGCAAUAUCGUGUCCGAAUCCCUAGCGCGGAAGCUGCUGACACGUCGUACAAAGAUCAACGUUGCAUUGACAGGUAUCGGUGAGGGUGUUCAGCAAGCCAAGGGUUCGAUCAUCGCAACGGUGCAGUCAAAGUCAGCGCCAUUUUCGUCGCCACUUGAGUUCCUGAUAGUGAACUCCCCUUGUGCUGAGAUACCGACUGCCCCAAUCGAUGUUGCUGGUUGGAAAUUCCCUGACGUUCCGUUGGCUGAUCCUGCCUUUAACCUUCCUUCAAGAGUUGAUGUGAUCAUUGGGAGUGACGCAUAUUGGGAAUGGCAUACCGGAAAGAAGCAGUUACUGGUCAAAGGCGGUCCUUGGAGCCAUGAGUCUCUCGAUACAUUGCUGCAACGGUUUUGGGAGAACGAGACCAAUCUAGAGGGACCCGCUCUCUCGCUUGAGGAAGAUGCUUGUGAGAAGCAUUAUGCUGCCACUACAACGCGUGAUCACCAUGGUCGUUACAUCGUUUGUCUGCCUCGUAAUCCCAGAGCAGAUAUAGUAUUGGGUUCAUCAAAGGAGAUUGCGGAUCGACGACUGAUGGCUGUGGAGCGGCGAUUGAAGAUCAACCCUGAAAUGGAGAUGGAAUAUAAGCGUUUCAUGCAAGAGUACGAGGAACUUGGUCACAUGCGAAAACUUACCGAACCAGUGGAUGAUAGUGUUCCGCAUUGUUAUAUUCCUCACCAUGCGGUGGUGAAGGAAUCGAGUACAUCCACAAAAGUACGGGUCGUGUUUGACGCGUCCUGUAAAACGAGCUCGGGAUACUCCUUAAACGAUACGUUACUAGUUGGCCCAAUUGUCCAGGAAGAUCUACUAACGAUUAUAUUGCGAUUCAGGUCCUACGCAAUCGCAUUAGUGGCCGAUGUGGAAAAAAUGUACCGGCAAAUUCUCCACAACAUCAUCGAUCGGAAUCUGCUACGUAUCAGGUACCGAAAGAGCCCCCUGGAUCCGAUAUCGACCUACGAGCUGAAUACCGUUACUUACGGCACGGCGUCAGCUCCAUUCCUCGCCACUAGAACGCUCCAGCAGGUUGCGCAUGACCACAAAGAUCAAUUCCCGAAGGCAGUUGAUCCCGUGUUACGUGAUUUUUACGUCGACGAUCUACUAACAGGAGCGACUGACCUUAACGAAGCAGUAGAAGUGCGAAAGCAAAUCACCGCAAUGCUCGAUUCAGCUGGUUUCGCAUUGAAAAAGUGGGCAUCUAACGUUCCAGAAUCGCUUCUAGAUGUCCCACGUGAAGAUCUUGCGAUUCAAUCAAUGCACGAGUGGAAGGAUAGUCAAGCUGUUUCGACGCUGGGGCUGGUUUGGGAACCCGCCAACGAUUCGUUUUCCUUCAAG